AUGGAAGGCAAUCUAGCACACAAUUGGAAGAAGUGGAAACAGGUAUGGACAGCCUACGAAACCUUUACAGAUCUCAGGAGUAGAGAAAGCAGUUAUAGAGUCGCAACGUUCAUUACAUGCGUUGGUCCAUCGGCUCUAGACACACAUAAUCGCCUUCCCUUCAAGAGUGAUGCUGAGAGAGAUGACAUCGACACAGUUCUCAAACUGUGGGAAGAACACUGUGUAGCAUUGAGAUCACUAGCAAACACAUGUGAGUUUGGAGCUCUAAACGACGAGAUGAUAAGAGAUAAAAUUGUCUGUGGCAUUAGAAGCGAUAGCAUCCGAGCUAGACUACUGCAAGAGAAUAAGCUUGAUCUAGAAAAAUGUAUCAGUAUCGUAAAAGCCGCCGAAAUUUCAAAAUCUCAAGUCAAAGAAAUCGCAGGUAGCGAAAAAGUUCAUAGAGUAGAACAUAAACAAAGUGAACGAAGGCAGACAUCAAAAGCGCCGCUCCGACAGAAAGUGUGUGUUGACUGCAUAUUUAGUUGUGGCAAGAAUCAUGAACGUGACAGAAACAAAUGCCCUGCCUUGGGUAAGAAUUGCACAAAAUGCAAAAAGAAAAAUCAUUUUGCGAAGUGCUGUAAUCCUCAAAAAAGCACACAAAAGCCAACGCGUUCGCAUAACGUACAUGAUUUGCAAAGCGACAGUUCCGAAGAAGAAGCACUUAAAGAAACGCAAGGAAACAAAGUGCGUGACAGUCAAAAGCUUUUUGCCACGAUGCUAAUUGAAAACAAACCCGUUAAGAUGCAGAUUGAUUCAGGUGCUACAUGCAAUAUACUACCACAGAAACUCGUACCCACCACURCCUCUAUUGUUGAAACCAGAAAGGAACUCGUAUCCUAUUGUAAGAAUAAAUUACAAGCCAUUGGUGUCGCUAACAUUAGUUUUCGCAAUGCAAAGAACAACAAAAAGUAUYGAGCAGAAUUCGUCAUCGUCGAUGGAGACUACACYCCUAUCAUCGGAGCAAGUGCAGCCCAAAAGAUGGARCUUAUAGUAGUACAAAGSCAUAACAUCUUAGAGGUUACUUCUAAAGCCACAMCCAGCUCAAGAGAGGAGGUAUUGGCUGAGUACCAUGAUGUAUUCGAGGGUCUGGGAAARAUGGAAGGAAAACUACAYUUGGAAAAAGACCCAUMCGUCCAACCAGUCGUAAUGCCGCCAAGGAGAGUUCCAGUGUCGAGGAAAGACAAGCAGAAAGAUGAGCUAAAGCGUCUCGAGGGCUUAGCCAAGCAAGACAAGCCAACAGACUGGGUGUCUAGCCUCGUUGUAAAUGAGAAAACCGACGGGCGUGUUAGAGUUUGCAUCGACCCACUUCAUUUGAAUAAAGCCUUAAAGCGUUCUCAUUAUCCGUUACCUGUUAUUGAAGAAAUACUUCCAGAGCUAUCCGAGGCCAAAGUUUUCACUAAACUCGACUUAAAAGAUGGCUUUCUUCAAGUGGAGCUUGACGAAGAGUCCAGUGAAUUGACUACCUUUCAGACACCUUGGGGACGUUAUAGAUGGCUACGAAUGCCUUUUGGAAUAACGCCAGCCCCUGAAYACUUCCAGCAGAAGCUCGAUCAAAACCUAGAAGGAUUGAAAGGAACAUUCAAGAUCGCAGACGACAUUUUAGUAAUCGGUCAAGGUGACGACCCAAAUAAGGAUCAUGACGAAAACCUACGUAGAGUACUAGAAAGAUGUCKAAGCAKAAACAUCAAACUCAACCAAAAGAAGUUCGUCUACAAGACUGACGCUGUCUCAUUCAUUGGUCACUUGCUAACUAAAGACGGUCUAAAGCCAGAUCCAUCGAAAGUAAAUGCGAUUACAAAUAUCAAAAGACCCGAAGUUGUUGAAGCUGUCAGAAGACUCAUUGGUAUGGUCAAGUACCUAUCGAAAUUCCUUAAAGACCUGUCCUCAGUAUCUGAACCCCUAAGAAGGUURACGCACAAAGGUGUUCCAUUUCAAUGGCAAAGAGAGCACGAUGAGUCGUUCCAAAGUAUCAAACGGAUGGUAUCUCAAGCCUCAGUACUCAGGUAUUACAAUUCCACAGAACCACUUGAGGGUCAAGGCGAUGCAUCAUCUACAGGGCUAGGAUUCACGUUAAUGCAGAAUGGCCAGCCAGUGACAUUUUCAAGUCGAGCGCUCACCACUGCAGAAAGAAAUUACGCUCUGAUCGAGAAAGAACUGUUGUCACUAGUCUAUGGUUUGGAACACAAUCAUCAAUACGCAUACGGCAGACCAAUUAAGCUCAUUACGGAUCACAAGCCACUAGUUGCGAUUUACAAGAAGCCUUUAAUCACCGCACCCAAGCGUUUGCAACGACUACUAUUGCGUCUACAACAGUACGAUGUCACAAUAGAAUAUCUAAAAGGCGAAGAGAUGUAUAUCGCAGACACGUUGUCACGUGUGCACCCUCCAGCACCACGUACGAGAUCACAGGCAGAAGAAGAAACAGAGCACAUUCAUACAGUUCAGUUUUUAGCCAUAUCUGAGACUCAGCUUCAAGAAAUCCAAAACGAAACAAGCUGUCAUUCAACACUUCAACAGCUGAUCAACACAAUCCAUAACGGAUGGCCUGAAGUGAAAGCCAAAUUACCUAAAGAAUUACAUCCAUAUUACGACAUACGUGAUGAACUGACAACACUCGAUGGAGUCGUACUUAAAGGACAAAGAUGCGUGAUACCAGCUGGUUUGAGAACAAAGAUAAAGACAAAGAUCCACUCAAGCCACACRGGAAUACAAAGUUGCUUGCGCAGAGCAAGAGAACUAGUCUAUUGGCCUGGGAUGAAUAAGGAUCUCAGCGACUACAUAUCCAAAUGCGACAUAUGCGCAUCACAACAGAAAGCACAAGCCAGAGAACCAUUGAUCCACCAUGAGCAACCAAGCCGUCCAUGGGAGAAAAUUGCCACUGAUAUCUUCACUCACAAUGACACGAGAACAACAAUGCCAACUUCUAGAGAACUUUUAACUCCUAAAGUUGUAGAAGUAGCCGAGAGGAAGAAAUCCAGACGAAUCAAAAGUUUUAAGUACUACAACAUGUACACAAAAGAACUUCCUACAUUGAAGAAAGGAGAACUCGUAAAAGUAGCUUUAAGACCUAACGAGAAAGACAAGAGAUGGACUACGGCAGAAGUAAAAAGGAAAGUUGCCCCUCGAUCCUACGAAGUCGAAACAGACGCUGGAAUCGUAUACUGUCGAAAUCGCCGACACAUACGAUCUACCAACAGCAACCAAGAAACGAUGUUUCCGAGUCUAUCGCCACCAAGUACCAGCAAAGAAGCAGAGCAGUCUUCGUUGAGAAGAUCCACCCGCAUCAGAUGUGCACCAGCAUACCUAAAGGACUAUUUGGCCAACGGGGUCAAAUGA